AUCUCAAUUCAUGUUUGAACUUGACACAGUGGGCCGCCACCCUUAAAGCUCACUCAGGUUGUUUGGGGAAAGAAGCCCGAGGGGGCCAGCUCGCCUCAGUCAACAUUGAAGCCCCCAGAACCCCGCCAUCUUCUGCUAUCAGACACCAGCAUCAAGACCUCACCCAACACGCUUCAUCAAAGACAACGACUCAAAGAAUAGUAAUCUUGAAUAUCGCCAACAUGGAAUCGAAUCCUCGGGGUAGCCAGACAAUGCCACCGGAUGCGUCAAGGCAGAGUCCUUUUGCUUCGAACCGUCCGCAACCAAGUUCACAGCCAAGUUAUCCUCGGCAGCCGGUAUCAGAACCAGGAUACCGGAAGCACAGUCUGGAAGACAUUUUUCCAACUACUGGCGAUGUUAGUACGAAGCGCGUUAAAUCCUCAGCUCCAGUCGAUAAUACUCCUCACAACAUGGCGAUGCUAGACUACGAGUCGCAGCUCGAAUUGUGUGAAAUGAAUAAUAAGAAGCGGCUGAUGAUGGCUCGACAAGAGGAGGAAACUUUCGGCACGUACAGUGCAUCGGUCGCUGGACCGGGAAUCACCAAAGAGACACCCAACUUUCUGGUGCAAGAGGCAACCAGAGGGAGCCAGGAAAGGCCAGGAACAGUAGGCUCUUCCCUUGGUGCUAUAUCGCAAGCUCCUAUCAUUGAAAAUAACCCUCGGAAGGACUCAUCCCUGGUGCGACCAGUGCCAUCAGGCUCCACAUACGGACAGGCCGAUGGCUCAACACCGUCCGAGAUUCUUUCUCCAUCAACGAACGUCAUUGUAUGCCAGAGCAACGAUUUGGAUAGACUCAAUCUUGGCCGCGGACCGUUAGAUAUCCUAGACACGAUGAUGGAGCAUGCCAAGCUUGGGGUAGACCGAGGACUAGAUGAGAUUCUCACCACACUUCAGAACAUCCAGCAUCUCAAGGACUCCUUACCCGCAGCUGAAGCCGCGCUUCCCAAGCCGCAACGAGAUUUGCUCGGCAAAAAGCGGUCCGAGAUCCAGAUCCUCAAAAUCAGAUACGAGGAUUUGAUUGCGAUCACGUCGGAUGCACAAAAAGAAGGACUUCGGAAGCUUAAGUGUGAGGCAAUAUCUCAAUCACAAAGGGAUUUGGAAGAUAUCAUGGGCGAUGAUCCGGCUUCGAGGAGGGUUCAAGCUACAAGAGCACAAAUUGAGACCCUAGAAAGAGAUCUAAAGAGGGUAAAAGAUCGAGCGUCGGGUUUGAUGAUGGCGUUGAAUGGGUUACUAGAGAAGCUUCCUUAAUUCCUUCUUCUUCUUCUUUUUUUCUGGAUUAUCUCUUAGAUAUAAAAAGCACAAGUAAAUAGUGCAGCUGCAAGAUAUUGCUUAUAGAGAGAAGUUGGAACAGUGUGCGAAGCACGUGACAUUUGCAUUCUGUGACAUAGACAACUAGGGACACUUUAAGCUAAAUAAUUCUCUAGCUAUUACUAAAAGCAGUCUCUUUCAAUAUAUGUUAGCCAAUUUAAAUUCUCUAUAUAAAAAUAUAGUCAGCU